GAUGAAUAAUCGGAUGCACCUUGAAUGACGCCCUGUUCUGAAUGGUUCUGAUCCGCCCCUUUCAGUACUAUAAAUGGAACAGGCAAAGGGAAACGUGUUCAGGAGUGGUCGUCAGCUUGAACUGCGAUAAUAUAUAUAUAUUCCUACCGGACUGCGAUUCAACAGAAUCUUUCGGAAUGUAUACAGUCAGUAUUAUUUUACUGUUGAUCUUUGGGAUCUAUUUAUGUGAAGGAGUGGACCCUUGUUGUUCUCAGCCCUGUGAAAAUAGGGGGUUAUGUAAUUCCAAAGGCUUUGACGACUAUGAGUGCGACUGUACAAGAACGGGAUUUUAUGGAAAGAACUGCUCAACUCCUGAAUUCCUAACGUGGAUGAAGACAUUGUUUAAACCUGCUCCAAACACCGUCUACUACGCCCUUACUAACUACAAAGGGCUGUGGAACAUCAUUAACAAGAUCCCAUUUUUGAGUAACGCCAUAAUGAGCUAUGUCCUGACAUCCCGCUCACAUUUGGUGGACAGCCCACCAACUUACAAUGCUGAUUAUGGCUACAAAAGCUGGGAGGCCUACUCCAAUCUGUCGUACUACACACGAACCCUUCCCCCUGUGCCAAAGAACUGCCCUACUCCCAUGGGAACCGUGGGAAGAUCAGUGCUUCCAGACGCCAAGCUUGUGGUUGAGAAAGUUCUGUUAAGGAAGCGGUUCAUUCCGGAUCCACAGGGUUCCAAUCUCAUGUUUGCCUUCUUCGCCCAGCACUUCACCCACCAGUUCUUCAAAUCAGAUUUCAAGAAAGGACCAGCUUUCACCAGAGCCUUGGGCCACGGCGUGGACUUGAACCAUGUGUACGGAGACACUCUGGAGAGGCAGCACAAACUGAGGCUGUUCAAGGACGGCAAGCUGAAGUACCAGGAGGUGAAUGGGGAGGUCUACCCUCCGUCGGUACGGGAGGUGGGGGUCCAGAUGCAUUACCCGCCCCAUGUGGCAGAGGAGCACCGCUUGGCCGUGGGCCACGAGCAUUUUGGCCUCCUCCCAGGGCUCAUGAUGUAUGCCACCAUAUGGCUGAGGGAGCACAACCGCGUCUGUGACGUCCUGAAGCGAGAGCAUCCCGACUGGGACGACGAACGCAUCUUCCAGACCACGCGCCUGAUACUGAUUGGAGAGACCAUUAAAAUUGUGAUUGAGGACUACGUCCAGCACCUGAGUGGCUACCACUUCAAGCUCAAGUUCAACCCGGAACUCCUGUUCAACCAGCGCUUCCAGUAUCAGAACCGGAUCGCCUCGGAGUUCAAUACCCUGUACCACUGGCACCCACUGAUGCCCGAAACCUUCAAUAUUGAGGAAAACGAAUACACCUACCCUGAGUUUGUCUUCAACAACUCCCUGGUGACCAAGCACGGCAUCAACAACCUGGUGGAUUCCUUCAGCAAGCAGAUCGCUGGAAGGGUGGCCGGUGGGCGUAACCUGCCCCCGACGUUAGUUGGCGUGGCAGCCAAGUCCCUGGAACACAGCAGGGAGAUGCGCUAUCAGACCCUGAAUGCCUACAGGAAACGCUUCGGCAUGAGGCCCUACACCUCAUUUGAAGACCUCACAGGAGAAACCGAAAUGGCAGCAGAGCUGGAGAACCUGUACGGAGACGUGGAUGCUCUAGAACUGUAUCCAGGCCUUCUGGUUGAGCGGCCCAGACAUAACGCAAUUUUCGGGGAGACUAUUGUUGAGAUGGGCUCCCCUUACUCUCUGAAAGGUCUCAUGGGAAACCCCAUUUGCUCUCCAGAAUACUGGAUGCCAAGCACAUUUGGAGGGAGUGUGGGCUUUGACAUUGUCAACACUGCUUCCUUGGAGAGGCUGGUGUGCAAUAAUGUGAAGGGCUCUUGUCCAACAGUGUCCUUCAAGGUGCCGGAUUUCCUCAGAACAUUUGAGAAGGCGUCAGUCAACAAUACUGAGACCCAGCCAAUUGAUGUGAACCCAGGGGUUCUGCUCAAAGAACGGACUUCAGAGCUUUAAAGAGUCAAACCACAAGGUGUUAUUUAAACAUACUCAGACCUCUUGAGGACAGCGGGGACACGAUAUGUCAUAUGUUGUACAUUAAUUUAACGUCCCCUUGAACUCUAGAAUUCUCUGAAAUGUUUUAAGCACCUCCUCUUUUCAGGUCCAUUGGGUCCUACUCAGUUAUAUUGGGGUAUUUUAGCCUGACAUUUUAGGUCCUGAGUGGUUAAUACUGCCUCAUUGAACAAUUACUGCACACAUUCACCAUUGUUGUUUUUAUUUAAUGUGGAUUUAUUUAAGUAUUUAUUAGUUAUUAUUAAUGUAUUUAUUAGCUUAUUGUAUUGGUGGUGAUUAAAUUAAGUUGCUUGUAAGUUUUUAUGUUUAAACAUGUAUAGCUGUAACACCUUACAGUUAGCUUAACGAUAAGCGGAUCUGACUAAUAAAGGGGAAUGCUAGAAGGUGGGAAAGUAUGUUGUUCCUUCCCCAAGAGAAGUUAACACUAAUUGCUCCCAUUUAUGGAUCGAGCAGAGUUUGACUUUCACAUGAUAGAUGCAAAAUGUCUUGUUUGUUUACUCUGAAUGCACUGUGAAGUUACAUUUACUUGAAGAAAAACAUUAAUAAUUGUGUCUACUUUAGGUCUUGAUCUGCCCAAAUGAAAUAUCAGCUGGACUGUAUAUUCUCGGUCAUAAUUUGUACAUUAAGACAAAUAUACUUUUUAAAUGACUUUUUUAUACUGAAUUAAAUGAAUGUUGUUAAGACUAAAAUGACUUAAUAAAGAAUAUGAUAAAAUAAA